UUCUGCUGGAAAAGAGGCUUCGGUUUUAACCCUAAAAGAAUUAUCCAGAGUUUUUGUGUAAAAUGCUGAAGAACUCUGCACUCUUAGAGAGAAAGAUCAAUUAUUUGAUCAAGUAGCUUUUCGAUGGGUUUUCACGUUCUUAAGUCUCCCAUAACCUUGCGCUCUUACAGCAGUUCCCUCCUCGGCUUCUUCUCUAAAUCUCACGAUCGUCUUCUCUCUGCGAGAUGGGUUAGAGCCGGAGAAGCCAGUUCCAUCAGAUGUCUUGCUUCUGCUAUACGUGGAAAGAACAAGAAACAGAGACUUGACGAGGCAUGCCUUGAAAGGUAUCAGGAAUACAGUCGCACACUGAUACAAUCAUGGAUUUUACAAGGCAAAGUGCUAGUGGAUGGGAAAAGAGCUAGUAAAGCUGGAAUGCCUGUAGCCAAUGGUGUUUCCAUAAAGAUUACAGCUGAGGUUCCCAAAUAUGUAUGUAGAGGUGGGCUUAAGCUGGAAGCUGCUAUAGAGAAGCUAGAUGUUGAUGUUUCUGAGAAAGUGGUUCUUGAUUCUGGACUUUCUACUGGAGGGUUUACAGAUUGUUUGCUUCGUUAUGGUGCAGCUCAUGUGUAUGGUGUUGAUGUUGGUUAUGGUCAGGUGGCUGAUAAAAUCCGCAAUGAUAAGCGUGCGACUGUCAUAGAAAGGACAAAUCUGAGAUACCUCCCAGGACUCCCCCAAAAAGUCGAUGUAGUGACACUGGAUCUCUCUUUUAUUUCCAUUCUCAAGGUGAUGCCAGCUGUUAUGAAUGUGAUGAAUGAAGAUGCAACUUUAGUUACCCUUAUUAAACCUCAAUUUGAAGCUCGACGAUCACAGGUUGGGAGGGGUGGUAUAGUGAGAGAUCCUGAAGUGCAUCAGGAGGUUCUUGAGAAGAUAAUAAACGGUAUUGAGCGCUAUGGAUUCACCAACAAAGGGUUUAUUGAAUCUCCUAUCAAGGGAGCCGAUGGAAACAUAGAGUUCUUGGCGCGCUUUGACCGAGGGACAGUGAAAGGCGAAGAAGAAGAAUACUAAGACUUAUAUUUCCAUGAAACGCUACUUAUUGUUUCCAUGGUUUAACACAUUUUACAACUGUUUUGUCUUGGUGAUAUCAUAAAUCUCAAAGAUAAUUACCAAACGAAUCUAAGGUCUCACGAAGAGUAUAUAUGGGGUUUAC